AUGUCACUUUAUACCAGUCUAUCUCAACUGCCAUCAGAAUUAUUAUUACGGAUCAUAGACUUCAUUCCUGACAUAAUAGAUAAAUGCCACUUAACACAGACUUGCAAACAGUUCAAUCGUUUGCUAAGUACAAAUGCGAUUUGCUGGAAAUGGUUAGAUUUCUCGGCUUUCGAGUGCAAAAAAGUGACUAACAGUCAAGUUUUAACAUUUUUGAAAAGUAACAAUAUAUUGUUACUUACGCCAACAACUGCGUUAACACCUCCAGAUCUUGCAUCCAUAACAACGAACAGUGUGAUUACAAUGCUCGACUUAAGUGGCUGUUCAUAUUUGAGUGAAGAAUUGAUUAUGAAACUGUGCCAGUCCCUUUAUAAUCUGCAACACCUCAUUUUAGAUGGGUAUAAAUCAAACAAGAGCAAUUAUUCAAAAACUCUGGAUACACUUUGUAAGAACAACCUCGAAAUUAUUCGAGACCAUGUCUAUUCAGCAGCUCCUUUGCUAAACCUCAAAUGCAAACUGAUGGAACCUUCCAAUAGAGGAACGAGGCUGAACAUCAGUUUCACACUAUUAUCAACCAUAUUAUGCCAUGGCUUGCUUAAUAUCAAGACGUUAUCGCUACAAUACCAAGAUUUAACGUCGUCAUCAUUCUCAAAUCCAUUCGAAAAUAGCAGCAAUGAGAACAUUAACCGACCAGGUUUAAACUACCAAAGUAACAAUAGUAUCUCUUAUUUAGAUAUUUCUUCAUGUCAUAUCCGUCAACCAGCAUUACAGUCAUUACUGCGACAAAUGGGAAGGAAUGUUAAAUCACUAAAACUUCUGAAUAUUGAGUUGAACAAUUUGACUUGGCUAUGCAUUGGACAGUAUUGUAAAGGUCUAAAUACCCUGCAUGUAUCUUGCUUUGAGCCAGCAUCUGUGCAGAUCAUUCAACGUGUAUUGGUUUCGCUAACGUUACUUGAUGAUCUUCGAAUAACCAACUUUAAAUCACCUGAUUUGAUGAACCCCAUCAUACAAGUACUCAACGCGACCAGGUUUAGAAAGUUGGACUUGUCCCCGAAAUUAGUCAUAUAUCCAAAUCCCAAUUACAGACAUCGUGAUGGCAGCACCUCAUCUUUUCCUUCUUCUUCACCAUCGUCGCUAUAUCAGCCUCAAUUCAAAACAGCAACGUCCUUUUUUGUCCUCUCGAAUGAAUCUGUUCAAAUUUUGCGGACGUUCUCUCAACUUGUUGAGUUACGUUUAUGCUACCCUGUCAUUUCAGCAAAACAAUUCAAUGGUAUCAUCUCGAUUUUAUCGCCACACUUAAAAAUACUCGAAUUAAGGCUCUCUUCAAUGCAAGUGUCACCCAUCAAUAGGGUUAUUCCGUAUGAUGCGUCUUCAACGAUACCCGAAGACUUUCUGAGAGGGUUAAAUUCUUGUCAGAAAUUAGAAGAACUUUCUCUUUUUUCUGUGCAUGUUACUAAUGAUGAAAUACAAAAUCUAUUCAUCGCAAGUACAUCUUCUUUGAGGUCGACUCUACAAUAUCUAAUAAUCAAUGAAGGAGGUACUUUUAUUCAACAAGACAGUAAUAUCCAGAAAAUUCUGUCUUCCAUGUCAAAAUUGAUAGUAUUCUAUCUUGGUGGUCAGCAAAUUAGAACAGUACAUUAUUGUAGCAAAGACAGAAAGACGUACAGUUAA